AUGCAACAAUGUGGGUUUUGCUCGAUGUUGUCGGGCUUGUUACGAAGAGCAAUGUGUGUCAGCAGCAGGCGAGGCAGCAGCGAGUCUUAUUAUCGCGAGCUCGGCGAUCAAGACACAUUGAAAAUCGAGGAUCGAUUGUCAAUGCUAUCUAAUGACUCCGACCAUAUAAAAUCUACAACAGAUAAUAGUCAGCAUAAAAAUAUAGCUUUGAUGAAAUAA